AUGGUCGAUAUUUCGGACCUUCCAGUUGCGGACGUUCAACACUGGAACAACAUCAGUGUCAAAGUACGGUGUCCAUUCUGCCAAAAGUCCCAUCUCCACGAUUUUCGUGGCUACGGCAAUGAAAUAUUUCAGAGCAGCUGUUUUACCGACGUACACUGCAUAAAUCGCUAUACUGGAUAUCGAAUAUGUUUUCCAUUUAAGGACCACACAACCAGUAGUCCUCGAACAGCUUACGAAAUUGAUAAGGACAAAAGAUCUUUCGUCAACAUCGGUCUGCAAACAAAUGAAGAGGAUGAAGAGAAUGAUGAUGAAAGUGAAGAUGAAGUCAAUGGCAAGCUUGCAAGGAAAUUUGAGCAGAAAAUCCAACUGCAAGAAAGCCCAAACCCGACACGGCCACAGUUUAAGGAUGCUACCGAAACUCGCAUCCCCAAACUCAUGGAAGACAAUUUUUAUGAAAAGGACAUAGAAUACGUCUUAUCCAAAUGCGCUCAGGGAGAUAUCGAAGUUGUCAAAAAUUACAUCGAAACCUCACAGGAACGACAUAUUUUCCUUAACGGUGAAGACAAGCUGGGAAAUACCGCUCUUAUACUGGCUUCCAUUAAAGAUUGCCCGCCUAUGCUCAACAUACUGGUUGAUUAUGGCUCUGAUAUCAACGCCGCAAACCACAUAGGGAGAAGCGCUCUCAUGGAGGCUUCACUAUGGGGAAGGGCAGAUAACGUCCGGAUUCUGCUAAACCGCGGGGCUAAAAAAUCACUCCGAGAUGCCAACUGGCGCUGUGCAAGAGAUCUUGCUCUCCCAAAAUCAGGAAAUGCAGUUGAGAGAUACAGGCGAGCUGGGGACAACCACCAAUAUUGUAAAACAAACUCGAAUUUUGCGGACACACGCCGCAAGCAAAUUCUCUGCAUGCUGGAUGAUCAACCACAACAAUCCAUGACAGACUUAAGAGAUGACAAAAACGCGGACACUGUAUUUAAAUACCACUCCUUUCACCGUCUUCGAGAAACAAACACCAUCAAACUUGUUGCUCAGGUGGCGAAUUUUCUGGUUCCAUAUCCGGAGAAAACCAUUGGGUUGCUUGUUAGGGGAAGCCCAUUUCCUAAUGUUGCUGCAAUGAGUGGGUGGACAUACAGUGAACGCCACCCAUUUAGCAGAGUAUGGGGCCAAAGAAAAAAGCUGCCAUUUGCCAUAUCCGGACAACAAUGGACCCCUAAAGCUUUGCAAAUUGCAGAUGCUCUCGGAUAUAAACUGCCGAAUACCAACUCGGAUCAUGGCAAUCCUGGAUAUUAUUAUGCCUGUCACGCAGAGAUGCAACUCAUUGCUUAUUUUGUCAACAAGCAUGUUUUGCUUCCUGUAGAAAAGGAAGGACGACUUUCUGAUCUCUCGAAAAUAAACCCACCAGUGACCCUGACAAGCCCAACAAUUCUUGUCAGUUCUGAAAUAUGCGACAGUUGCAAAGCAUUCAGAGAUCUGGUCAACAGUAAGCUUGGGCUCUCAAUCCAACUAUUGGCCAAAUUCGAGAAUUAG